AUGAUUCCGAUAAUAGUGCGCGUGUGGUGCGAGAGCGGCACAGGCUGGUCGCCGACCCACGUGCCGGUGACCCCUCAGACCACUGGCCGCGACGUCCUCGAGUGCUGCCGGGAGCCUGGAGACGAGCCAUGCCUGCUGCUCAGCGUGCAUCCAUCGCACGGAGUGCACGUGUUGCGUGAUACGGAGUUGCCGUUAGAGAUCGCGGCAGCAUUGGGCCCUGAAGUGCAGUUUGUACUCAAGUAUGUCGAUAUCGGAGUACCUUGUGUCAGUUUCGAGUGGUUGUUCCGAUCCCUCUCAACGCAUGUGCCUAAAGAGGCUUUAGUUCGAGUGAAUGUUGGCUCAAAUCACGCCAUGUACCUCUGUGCACCGCCCUCUCAAGAGCGGAGGCCUUUAGGGGCGCCUAGAGAAUAUGGCACGGGGCGUCAAAAGAAAGAGAUUAGGUUCGCGACUCGGGGCGAAAAGAUCGCGCCUCUCGCAAUGUCAGAUGCUGACGCGACCGGCCCCGCGUGGAAUCUCGAGAAAGUUGGCCAACACUCGUCCAAGAUCAAGUGGAUGGGACCGCCGUGCGUAACCAGUUUCGUGAAUCGGCAAGUGUUCGUGGCGCGGCGUCUGCUAGGGAGCCGCGGCCGCUGGCCGGCC